GUCUGCAUUAAUUUCUUAUCAGCCAAGUGGCCAGUAUACAUAUUUCGGGAAACGCCUAUGCCACCUUUCUGAAAUCAAAAUCACUCCGUUUGCGUUCUUUUCGGUGUCAUUAUCUAUGGCGUACCAAUCGUCGUCUAAGGAGCAGUUUCGGGCUACAUUGCCACCUACUUCUUUAACAGAUAGGAAUUCUCUUUCGCACUCAAGAUCUCAAUCACAACUACAGACAAGCGCACAUGCAAAACUAGGACCAUGGGCACAGUGGGGCCAUACCUCUGCUUCUCUAAAUGGCUUGGAAACUAUGAAGAGACCUCAAUUGAAGCAUAGUCAAACUACAGAAGAUAAGUUUCACUUCAAUAGGGAUCCCCUACCAGCAAUUCCUGGUGUUAUAGAGAAGAAAUUGGGCAGAGGGAGUAGAAGACUCGACGGGAGGUUGAAUGAGUACGGAGAUCCUGUUCCAAAACCUUCUAUGAAUAUUUCUGUCUCAAUGAGUCACGAUGACGAUAAUGGGGAAAGUGAAGGUGUUCAGAGAGUGGCGAGAAUUCAUUCUUCACCCGAUACUAGGACGUUACCUCCACCUCCCGAUCCGCCCUUGACAAAAUCGGCAACGAAGGUGAUGCAGAGAACAGGCUACGACCCGACUAUGGAAAUAAGAGAAGGGAGAAGUCGACAGUCAUCGUUACACAUAGCUAUAGAUGACUCUGAUAGUUCUGGUAGCAUUUAUAGUCAAGAAGAUAGUAUAAAUUCGCACAUGGCUCAUCAGAGCCAAACUAUUGGUUCUGCUCCCGUUUCUCCGAUGCAGCGGGAUGAGGGAAUCUCGUACUUCUCCAACUAUAUAUCCAGUAAUGCGCCCAGCCCAGCGACGUCGUCGCCGAGAUCAUUAGUAAUAUCGUCAGAAUACAAGGAACGAGUAUCGAGAUUUAUGCAGGGUCAUUUAGAAGAUCAGAAUGCUAGUCACGGUUUUCCAUGCGCUAAUGAUCUCGAGGAUUUGAUAGGUCAAGAAGGAUUGCGGUACGAUAAUCAAAACGGGCGCGAAUAUCCACUCAGAUAUAAGGGUCAUAACGAUGAUAUCCCACUCAUGCCGCUACCACUAUCAUUGCCAACAAAGAGAAGUCGUCAAAGUUAUUUCUACGAAAGCCCAGGUGAUUGGGAGUCAGGAACUCCAGUUGCUCCAUUUUUUAGCAGCGAAGAGCAGCCGAGCUUGAAUAGACCCUCCACAGUCUCAUAUACGUCAUCUAUGGCCCCGCCAAAUAUGAUAAUACCAGAAUCGAAUAAACCCUGGAAGAGAGAUUUUUCAAAUGAUCAACACUCACUUAAGAGCCCUUUUCCAUUUCUGUCAACUAACAAGAUACCGGAUUCUCCAAGAGCGACAGGCCCAACAGGGUCAUUAGGGGAGAGGUUAUCGGGUGCUAUAAAACGGUUAUCUGGAGGCACGAAGAUGUCGCCAACAGAAGGUAAUGAAAUAAUUUACAAUGCCAGUAGAAGUGCGACAGGCCCAGAUACACCCAUGCCGAGGAAAUCGGGAUUCAUGGGGAUUAAAGGAGCUCCGGACUUGAUACAAAAAGGUAAUGAGCAUUUUCAUGAAGCAGUAGAGAAAGUAAAAUUGAAAGUCAACAAGAAAGAGAGGAGGAGAAGAGAAUUGAAGAAGCAAAUACUGGUCGUUGGGAUUAUGGAUCAGACACCAGGUCAGUUACUACUCUCCAUCAGUGAUUCUGGUGUGCAAAAUACUAAUCGCUUUUGUGAAUAGACGGACGAACAUCCGAAUGGCUUUGAUAUGAACAUGAAGUUAUAGAAUGCAGAAGAAAUUGAUGGAAAAGUCAUCUUCUGGAGCUUCAAAUAGACAGCGGUUUUGGGGAGCUAGGCUGGAGUGCUGUCUGUAGUAUGGUAUGACCGACGCCAUGCUUUCAAGAAGGUCAAAUAGAGGCCGGCCUCCUGUUGCACACCUCUCAAGUGUGUUAAUAUAUACUAUGCA